ACCGGAUAGCAGGGGCUGCCUCUCGAGCAGCGGCGGUGAACCAGCUAACGGGUUCAAGCCUGUGUCGAGUCAACACCGCUCCGCCGCUACCUCACACGGUGGACGAGCCUUCACGGACAGCACGCCACAAACAAGCCAUUUUUUUAUCUUACUUAGGGAAAAAAAAAAUACAUGUUUCGUUUACACUAGUCUCGUUUCGGGUGCUGUCGGUGCGCAUGGAGUCCGGUUGGAGGAGGUCGGCGAGGUUUCUGUCGGACAAGAGGCGCAGCUAAUGUUAGCUAGCCGCAGCCAGCGACGGUUUGAACGGUGUGGACCGGAGAGGCUCGGUGCUGCUGCUGCUGCUGCUAGCCAGUUAACGGCGGCUAGCUAACGUUACACAGCUGUAAGGACAUUGCCAUCGUCUUCAACAAUGGGCCUCAUAUUCGCCAAGCUGUGGAGUUUCUUCUGCAAUCAAGAGCACAAGGUUAUAAUUGUCGGACUAGACAAUGCAGGAAAAACCACAAUACUCUACCAAUUUCUGAUGAAUGAGGUGGUCCAUACGUCACCCACUAUUGGCAGCAACGUGGAAGAAAUAGUGGUGAAGAACACUCACUUUCUGAUGUGGGAUAUUGGAGGCCAGGAGUCUCUCAGGUCCUCGUGGAACACCUACUACUCCAAUACAGAGUUCAUCAUUCUGGUGGUGGACAGCACAGACAGAGAAAGGCUGGCCAUUUCUAAAGAGGAGCUCUACAGGAUGCUGGCUCAUGAGGACCUGCGGAAAGCAGCUGUGUUGAUAUUUGCCAAUAAGCAGGAUAUGAAGGACUGUAUGUCUGCAGCGGAGAUCUCCAAAUACCUCACCCUGAGCUCCAUCAAAGACCACCCCUGGCACAUCCAGUCCUGCUGCGCUCUCACAGGAGAGGGGUUAUGCCAAGGCCUUGAGUGGAUGACCUCAAGGGCUGGACUCAGAUAGCCCCUCCCUCAGCCUUUGACUUUCUGACUACAUGCACCACUAUCAAGGUGGCGCACCAGCUUUUCCCAACUGGCUGUUUUUUCGGUUUUUAUGUUUUGUUUUUUGUUAGCAACAGAAGUUCAACUCUGACCUAUCAAGACUGCAUGGAAGCAAAGUGUUGCCACUUAGCUCCACCAAGACUGUACUUGUUGCAAUGGAGCUGCUACUCCUCACAAAUACUUGUCAAAGGAAACUUGACCAGAACUCUGUACCGAUCAUGUAACUAGCAAUCAAUUUUAUUUUUUAUUGUUUUCAUUAUUAUUAUUAUUAUUUUAGACGAGGAAAAAUUGUCUGAGUGGAGACUAUCCCGUGCAAAGCAGGACAGCAGGGGAUGCUGAUCAUCAACACUACAUACAUAUCAUGUUACAUCAUACCAUAUCAUAUCAGAAUAUGCUAUGAACAUUGCAAGGAUGGUCAACUUUUGUGGAUCAUAUGGUGCAGCUUUGUAUUGAUUUUUUUUUUUCUUUUUUUCUUUCCAUUGCCUCCACAGAAGUUUGUUCAUGUUCAGGUCAUAUUUGAUAAGACAAACAAAGGGAUAAUGACUCGCACACUGUAGUAUUGUAAAAACAAUUUGGAUGGGUAAGGUGGCAUUAAGUUCUCAGUUACAUUGCACAGACCUGAUUGGGGUUUUAAACAAUAGCAUUAUGGUAUCAUUUUUCUAUGUUCUCAUCAUUAAUACAGAUAUUGAUGUCUGUUACACAAGAUCUCAGUUUCAUAAGCUACAUUGAUGGUGGUUAUUCUUACAUUUGAACCUAUUGGUGCAGUACUUAAAUGUGGUAAACAAAGUGUCAAGAGGUAUGAAUCUCCCUCCCUGUUAACUGUGAACCUCCAGGCUUCAUGUACGUUUUUCAGCCAAAUGGUCCAGGUUCAUUUUCUUUGUGCAAUCUUUGACCUAAAAACCUGGAACAAACUCGAGUUACAUCAGCCAUACACUGAGUUUUGCAAAACAUGAAAAAUUGGCCAAUACCUUUCAACCCCGUUUCAUAUGCAACAACAUAUUAAAUACCAGUGUAAAACUCAGUUUUUUAACAGUAUUUUAAUGUACACAGUAUGUUUUGUCAGUACUGCAUUAUGAUUUUUUUUAUUUAAUUUUUAUUUUAUUGAGCAUUGUUCUUGCAUUUAUAGACUGUCAGUGUCAGGCAGGGCAGAUUGGUAAUCACAGCAGAAGUUAACAUGUAGACCUAUGUUGUAUUAAAGAGACAGUCACGGGUGCUCUACAAGUGUUUGUGGCUAAUAUUGUGCGUUUUAAUGAGCUUUGCAUUUACCAUGUUCUAUAGCCAUUGUUGCUCAUAUUUCUCUUAAAGUACUUGGUACUUUCUGAGUUAAGGGAUCAGAAUAAGCUACAUUCAAACAGGUGCAUACUCUUGAAAAAGCACCAUAGCCCUUGUUGACCUUGAAGGCUCAGGGUUAGACUCCCUUGCAUGAGAUGUGCCACAACACCUCAAAGCUUGGCAUGUAUGCAAUGGUUUUCUAUUUACCCAUCUUGACUGAGGUUUCCAAUGGCGUAGCAUUAUGAUGAUCCUAACUCAGUGUGUAGGCCUUCAAAUAGGUUGUAUUGUUACUACAGUACUUGUCGAAGCCUCGGCCUUAACCGUGCUGGUCUGAGUAUCUGGAGAACGCGAGUUUGCAUUUCCUAGGAUAGCGAAAGCAUUUUUAAUUGAGUUACAUUCAUUCCCUGCAACCUUUUCCUAAUGUUAGCCAUACCAACGUAUUCCCAAUCCCAAUCUUAACCUUAACCAAUAGGCCCAAACAACCACCCAAAAUGUAAAAAAAAAAAAAAAAUCCAUAGGAAAUGCAAACUCAUCUGGAGGACUGUGUGUGAGCCUGUGCAAGUCAGUCUUACAGUUUUUCCAUGGUUUUUUACCCUUGUUUCCCUCUUUUACGAUCAGGGUUUGUUACUCCAUUGACCUGAUGUGAGAAUUCCCUUAACUCGCUAACAGAUCUAUGCACGUGUCACUUUGAAACCUUGUAUACCUUCUCUUAGUUCCACAAUGGCCAAAAUGGGUACAAGAAGGAGCAGGUGCAUGAGUUUCAUUGUUAAAUGGAUUCUGAAUCAGAGUGCUGAGAAUGAUGGUGAAUAUGAUGAUGAGAAAGUGGUGUCCAUCUUGGUCUUGGAGUGCCUCUGGGUCUCUAGAAUAUAUUGCUCAAUAUUGUGUAAUAAGGUAUUUUUAAACUAACAGGCAACAGAGGGACUGCCCAGACCCAGUCUCUCUGCAGGUGUAAGUAUGUGGUUUUUACCUUGAUCUCACAAAGCAAGAGAACUGAUCAUAUACUUUCAAUCAGUGUGCUGACGGGUGUAAUCUGGGUCACGCAUUUCUGUUUUGUUUUUAAUAAAAUUUUGUUUUGAA